AUGAACUCAACUUUCAACGAAACCGAUGAUGACCCUCCACCAUCAAUUAUUGCUCCAAUGCUCGGGUUGGAUCCUAUUGCGCGUCUCAUGUUCCACGCCGCAUCUGUGGUUAUCAAUUCCACCACUGCUCCAUCAUCAGCAUCCCCAGAAGAGGUUGUGGAUCCUCUUCAACUUCUAAUUGACAAAAUCAACCAAGCUCAACAAGAAGAGUGUGACAGUAUUGCCAAUUCUUGUGAGAACCGUCCGUUGUACACUUGGCUUGUUGGCUAUGGCUUCAUCUUUGUGUUUCUGUUGGCAUUGUUCGGAAAUGUGGUCAAUCUUUUGAUUUACAACUCGGACCAUAUCAAAUACUACAUUGCUAUCCGUAUGCUGUGCACUAGACUGCUCAUGAACUCUCUCACUUUGAUUUGUAUGCUUCCCCAAGCUUUGCGCAUCAUUUCUGCUUGGGAAAUCGAGUCGCGAUUUGAAGAGAUUUACUGGAUUUACUAUCCAUAUCAAAUCUAUUUUGUAAAUCUUUUUGGGUUCUGUGCCAUGUGGUUGACUGUUCUCAUGACUGCCGAAUGUUAUCUACACGUCUUUUUUCCAUCCCAUUCUAAAAGUCUUUGCACCAAACGAAACCUCUCUCGUAGCUACAUGAUCAUCAUUUCCGUUGGUGCUCUGUUGGCAUUGAUGUACAAAUUCAAUAGAAGUGUCAGUAUGUCAACCCAUUGUAAUCGUGUUAUUCCAACCAUCCAUGCAUCUGAAGAUUUCAUAAUGAUCUGUCUGGAGAAAUUGCACACUUUUGCCAAUCUGAUCCUUGCUAUUGUCGUUCCAAUGGGUCUACUUCUCUUUAUGGCAUCAUCAAUUUUGUGGAAAUUGGUUUUGAAGAAAACCGAGUUUGUCACCCAUUUUACAGCCGAAAAGCGUUGUGUAACCCGCAUCACUUUGAUCACUACUGGACUCCAGUUAGUUGCCGAACUUCCCCCAAUCCCUGUUUUCUUGUACGCCACUAUAUUCGGUCCUGGUGUGACUAAUGAACCAGCCAUUUGCGUUUGGAACACUAUUGCCGUUUUCCUUGGUCUGUGCAACGUUUCGCUCUCGUUCUUCGUCUACUUGGUGUUUUCAGACAAAUUCCGAGAGAUGGUGAAAACUCGUCUAACCGAGCUCGUGCCUUGCUGCUCAACUCCACGUUCACUUGUCCAUUACUCAAAUGAGUCGAGUGAUCCAAAACUGAGAACAAACCUUCUGGCUCGUGAGCAGAUCAGAAUCAAACCGUCAGAGACUGAAUCAUCCGUGUGCACCGAGACAUACCUUCUCAACGAGAAGUCUUCUACAAACGACGAUUCAUUUUUGUAA